GCCGCUGCCGCCGAUUGGUGUUGCUUCUUACCUGAAUCGCGUCGUGUUGCUGCUGUGCCGUCGUCGUGUUGCUGCCGUACCGUCGUCGUCGUGUUGCUGCCGUGUCUUGGCCACCGACCACCGAGGAUAAUACCCACGUAUAAAACCCUAUUUGAGAGUCAAGUUCGCGUUGAUUCUUAGCAAAAUACUGACCAAGUGUUGCUGCUGUGCCAUUGUGUUGCUGCUGUGCCUUCGUCGUGUUGCUGCUGUAACAUAACCACCGACGCAAGGAUAUAAUAUACAACUUUGUUAGCUUGUGGUGUUACCUUUAAACUGUUGCUGUUGUUCAUUUGUAGUGUUGCCAUUGUGCAUUUGUAGUGUUGCAGUUGUGCAUUUGUAGUGUUGCUGCUGUGCAUUUAUAGUGUUGCUGCUGUGUCUUAACCACCGACGCAAGGAACACACAUUCCCAAGCAGUACACCACUUCUUUGGCAUGUGGUGAGCCUGAGUGUCGAGUGCUUCUGGUGAUUUCCCCUUUGGCUAAUGGACAUGGACACUGAACAGGAGGCAAACAACCAUCGCGGCUCGGUCUCCUCCAGCCGCUCCCUGGAGAUACCCGCCACGCCCUCGCGUUCACCCAAGAAGGUGUCCUUCUCGGACGAGCUGCCCCAGUCGCAGACACCCGUCCAGCAACCCAUCCAGCCGCCGGCCGUCACUGGCGUGAGUCACGUGCUCCAGCAGGCGGCCCAGUAUCUGGAGCGAUUGCAUGGCGCACGCGAAUCCCCCUCCGAGGAGGAGGAGGAAGUGCAGCAACAGCCCGAUGGUGGGGAUAGUGAGGCCGCCGUACUGGACCUGGAUGCAGUGAGUCUCGGAGCUGAUGAGCCGGCGGUAAAAGCUGGCCAAAUUGCGGCCAGCUCGCCAAGUAUUCUAGUUGCCAGCGUUGGCAAGCAGGAAGCGAUUGCCAGUGGACAGGGAAAUAAAAAUGGAAAUGGAAAUCCGAAUCAGCGGCAAUCAAAUUUGUACAUGGAACGAUACAACCUCAAUUUAGAUAAGAACUGCAGCUCCAUGGAGCUGGAGGCGCGCCGGGAGAAGCAGCGCUGGCUGCUCAUAUCCGAGUGCAGUGCGCUUUUCGACGAGGGCGAGGGGAAACACACAAGGGAGGCCUUCCGCAAGCUUUUCCUGGACGAGGAAUUCCAGCAGAAGCUGUUCCAGCUGUUCGAUCUCGAGCGGAAUGGCUAUCUCCUGCAAGACCGCUGGAUCGAGCACUUGAAGGGUCGUCUAACCGACGAUCGCCAGAUGGACUUUGCCGAACAGAUCGAAUCGGUGGCCUAUGUGAUCUGCGGUGAGAACAGCAGGGUUAGCUUCAAGAACUUCCGCGACAUCUGGCACACAAGGGGGAUCCUCGACAAACUGUACCGCCUGAUUGAGCUGGAUGGCAGCAACCUGGUGUCCACCAACCAGGUGAUGGAGUUCAUCUCCCACCUGACCAACUCCCGUCCGAGGACGGGCUUCGACAAGAGCUCGCUGACCCGGCUGGAGCAGCUUUUCCGCACCACCGUGGGCAACGAGCAGGAGAUUCGCAGGGAGGAGUUCCAGAAGAUCGUCACCUCGAAGAAUCCCUUCUUCACGGAGCGCGUCUUCCAGAUCUUCGACAAGGACAACUCGGGUUCCAUUUCUCUGCAGGAGUUCAUCGAUGCGAUACACCAGUUCUCUGGUCAGUCGGCCGAUGACAAGAUCCGUUUCCUCUUCAAGGUUUACGACAUAGAUGGUGACGGACUCAUCCAGCACAAGGAGCUGCAUGAUGUCAUACGACACUGCAUCAAGGAGAACGGGAUGGAGUUCUCCGAGGACCAGAUCGAGGACCUGACCAGCGCCAUGUUUGAGGAUGCCGAUCCGCACAACAGUGGUGAGAUCACCUACGAAGCGCUGAAGAACCAGUUGCACAAGCACGGUGGUCUCCUGGAGAACCUCAGCAUAACCAUCGAUCGAUGGCUAGUGCCCAUCGCAGAAGAUCGUCAGCCGGGAGGAGCCGCAAAGGGCGGAUUCUGGAACUCCCUGCCCCACCAGUUCUCGCUGGCGUACAUGAAGAACAACCAGGUCUUCGUCACGUACCUCUUCUUCUACAUCAUUGUCAACCUGUGCCUCUUCAUAUCCCGCGCCAUUCAGUACCGUGCCAGCAAUGGAUUCGUGAUUAUAGCCAGAGCCUGCGGACAAUGUCUGAACUUCAACUGCGCGUGGGUGCUGGUGCUGAUGCUGCGGCAUUCGCUGACCUACCUGAGGGGUCGUGGCCUGUCCUCGUAUUUGCCACUGGACCACCACGUGUACCUGCACAAACUGACGGGCAUCACGAUCUCCGUGCUGAGUCUGGUGCACACGGUGAUGCACCUGUUCAACUUCUCGAUCAUCGUGAUCAACGAUCCGAACAUCAAUGCGGGACACUACACCAUCGGCGAGUGGCUGCUCACGGAUCGUCCGGGGCUGUUUGGCCUGAUUCCGGGAUGUGCCAAUCCCACGGGAGUGGCUCUCCUCUGCAUCCUGAUGGUGAUGUUCGUCUGCUCGCAGCCCUUCGUGCGGCGGAAGGGCAGCUUCGAGGUCUUCUACUGGACCCAUCUGCUGUACGUGCCCUUCUGGGUGCUGUGCCUGUUCCACGGACCCAAUUUCUGGAAGUGGUUCCUGCUGCCGGGCCUCGUUUACGUCAUUGAGCGCGCGCUGCGCUUCAUCUGGAUGAAGGGUGAGCACGGCAAGACGUACAUUAGUUCCGGCCUGUUGCUGCCCUCCAAGGUGGUCCACUUGGUGAUCAAGCGACCGCAUCACUUCAAUUUCCGACCCGGAGACUACGUGUUCGUGAACAUUCCGGCCAUUGCCAACUACGAGUGGCAUCCGUUCACCAUCAGCUCGGCUCCGGAGCAGGAGGACUACAUGUGGUUGCACAUACGCACCGUGGGCGAGUGGACCAACCGCCUGUACAGGUACUUCGAGCGGGAGCAGCAGAAGCUGCAGCAGAAUGGCUCUCCGCAGGAGAUUCCCCAGCACAUGCACGCCAUACCCACGCCCAGUUUUAUGCUCCUCAACGAAUCCCGUAAUCCGGUGAUGGGCGGGGAGAGAUCAGCCACGCCCCAGACGGAUUUCCUGGCCAGGAAUCUGGCCGUGCAGCCGGUGCCGCCAGUGCGUCCACCUCGCCAGAAUCGCAAGCCCACGGCGGGAGCUGCUCCCGAUCCGCCAGCCACUGGCGUCAAUCGUAUCCGCAGCAUCAAGAAGAGCCUGCAGCGUACGUUCUCGAGGAAGGAGGCAGUGGAGCCCAAGAAGGGCAUUCCGAACGGAGCUUUCGUGGGCGAUGGCGAGCGGGAGGACUGCAGCCUGAAGCAGCGACCGCUGGAGAAGAGCAUCUCCCUGCCGGACAUCAGUGUGAAGAGCAAAAAGCGGAGUCGCCUCAAGGCCCUUCGAGCCCUGGGUCGCUCCGAAUCCGAGUCCGCCUUCGACGAGAAGCGGGUGCGUCGUGCCAGGAACAACAGCGUGGGAUUGGCCUACCUCAGUCCGCAGAACAAGUCGCUGGCGCAGAGCUUCCGCUACAUGCGCACCAAGCCCACCAUUAUCGCUUUCAAGACGCCCAGCAUGGAGGAGCGGGAGCAUCAGCUGGCGGCAGGAGCAGGUGCAGGCACAGGGCCAGGGACAGGGACGGGGGAGGCCAAUGGAGCAGGUGCGGCCAGCAGGGCGGAGCAGGGAUGUGCGGGCUCCAAGCUGGAUGCAGCCGAUAAGCUGCAGGUGGCCAGACUCAGUCUGGCAGCGGAGGUGGCCUCCAAGCCACUGGAGGACCAAACUCAGACGGGAUCGGGCAGCAGAAAGUCCAUUCUGCGGCGACCCACUUUCCUGCGCUCCCUGUCCACCUCCAUAAAUAACAGAUCAGGCGGAGGCGGUGGAGGUGGCGGAUCAACUGGUAGCUCCACAACUAACAGCGGUGGCAAGGUCACACUCGAUGCGGGAGUAAUGGAGAUCUUCAUCGAUGGUCCGUAUGGAGCGCCCUCCAGCCACAUCUUUGGGGCCCAGCAUGCGGUGCUCAUUGGCACGGGCAUUGGAGUCACCCCGUUUGCCUCCAUACUCCAGUCCAUUAUGCAUCGCUACUGGAAGGCCCGCCACAGUUGUCCGAGGUGCCAGUUCGAGUGGGCCAGCGAGAUACCCAAGUCUGUGAUGAACCUGCGCAAGGUGGACUUCUUUUGGAUAAACCGGGAUCAGCGAUCCUUCGAGUGGUUUGUCAACCUGCUGUCCCAACUGGAGAUUGAGCAGGCGGAGCUGGGCGGGGCCAUGGAGCGCUUCCUGGACAUGCACAUGUACAUAACGAGUGCGCUGCAGAGAACCGACAUGAAGGCAGUGGGUCUUCAGCUAGCUUUGGAUUUGCUGCACGAGAAGGGCAAACGGGAUCUGAUAACGGGCCUGAAAACCCGCACCAAUGCCGGCAGACCCAACUGGGACAAGGUGUUCAAGCAGCUGCAGGCGCAGCAGAAGGGCAAGGUCACCGUUUUCUACUGCGGCCCACCGCAGUUGGCCAAAACGCUGCGGUACAAGUGCGACCAGUACGGAUUCGCCUUUCGUAAGGAGUGCUUCUGAACAAGAUCUAUCUCUCGCCUCCGUCUCCUCGUCCACCUGCUCAUCUGUGCCCAAUCUCUCUCAAUCUCAUCUCAUUUGCAUAAGCAACGGGUUUAUUUCGGGUUCGUUUUUGUUCGGUUUAGAUGGCUAUUUAUUCGUCACUUGUCUUGUUGCCUCAUUGUCGAGUGUGUCCGCAGCUUGUAAAUAUCUAUAUCUAUCUGUAUUAUCUAUGUGCUCACGCAAUAAAGUUUGUUAUCCAA